GUAGGUCUGUGUACGCCAGUGUGGAACCCAACACCAGCUCAUGGUGGGAAAAUGGCACAAAAUGAAACACAUCCCAUCCUGGAAAUACUAAAUUCAUUUAAUCUUGGUGACAUGAUUCUAGCCUUCUGUUUAUCUGUGCUUGUGGGCCUGCUGCUGGGUGCUUUGAUCUACAUUCUGUUAACCUGGGCAUCCAGGCGCCAGGCUACAGCCAGGAUCACCAGGCGUUCCAAAAAGAAAACUCGCACUUCACAAACACACGACCUCAUGAGCAGCCAACUGGGCGUUUACCGAAGCACUUUCCUAAGUGUGUACAGACAGCCCUCCCUGGAACCAGUGGGUCCACUGGGGAGUAAACCCUGCGCAGAGACAUCCACCUUUCGCCCAUUGGCCAAGAAGAGCAGACCUGAACUUGAUAUGGGAGAUGACACCCAGAUAACCAUGUCGGAGGACACUGCUGCUUCAAGUACAUCUGAUUCAGCAUCCCUAGUACCGAACAAGAGACAUUCCUUCUGGUUGGGCAACAACGGGCUUAAAGGAUUCCUCCCAUCACAGACUCCACCUCCUGCAUAUGACAGUGUCAUCCAUGCCUUUGAGGAGACUUGCACAUAAAACUUUCAACGUGAGUACAAGGGCUGAAGCAAACUUGUGGGAUUACAGAGGACUUUCUGGCUCUGGCUCUUUCAGCCUCCAUAUUUUGAGCAAGCAGAUGAUUUUUGACAUGUUCCAGCUUGAUGCACAGACAUGAAGUGAAAGCUCAGUUUUAUCAUGAGAUGUAAAUGAUGGUUGCAAUUUUCAUAAUCAAUGCAAUUGCAUGUAAUUUUAUUGAUUAAUCACUAAGUUGCUAUCUUGUUGAAAAAUGUCUCAAAAUGACAAUGACAGUGUCUCAGAGCCCCUUCUGUUAAUGUCUUGCUUCUUUAUCAUAUAGAAGCAUUUUACAUUUUAAAUUAUGAGUUCUUGAAAAACAUUGGGAUUUAAUGCUGUGUGCAUGAAAAUGAUUUAAACUCCAGCACUGAUUAAAAAUAGCUUAAAGACUAUUAUAAUUAAAAUAUUUAAAAAAGAUAUACCAUUUUGAAUUUGCUGCCUUUAAAAAUAUAAGCUGACAAAGGGCAUUAAACAAUUUGAAAAGUUGUGGAAUGCUUCAUAUACCUGCUAGAACAACUGCAAUGGUUUCAUAAUGUUAUGUAUUAUAAACUGAAGAUCAUAUAUAUAUAUAUAUAUAUAUAUAUAUGGUAGUUUGGGAAAGUCUUGGAAAGAGAUUGCUUCUCUGAAAAAAAUCAUCAACUUACAGACUAGACGGUCCUUCUCCAGCUCAUUCAGGACAACACAGAGUACAUGAUUUCCCCCCAAAAUUUUCAUUUUUCCUCAGUCCAACUUAAAUUAGCUUAGGCAGCCUUUAGGGAUUUUUUUCUUUGCAUGUCAAAGUUUGCAGUUAUGUAUACUUUGUUUACAUAUAAUUAUAUAUAGAAUCAUUACAAAAAAACUGAGCAGCCAGUGCUGCUUACUUCCACAACUAAAAUCCACAUCUAGCUAACAGUUUAGGACUCUGAUUGGUCCCAAGGUUUGUUUUGCAAACAUAAACAAAUAGCUUGGGGCCUGGAAAGAUGGAUUGUCUCAUGAUUGUGACUUGAUUACAUGCUUACAGGGAUUUCUGUGAGUUCUCAGCAUCUUUAUAAUAAAUCUCAAUUUUUUGUUGUGAAAUAUUAUUUCUGAAAUAGUUUAACUGUUUGCCCAUGCAGUUUUACCAGAAUGGUGAACUAAUGCUCAUCUGUUUUUUUUUCUUUCUUUUGAAAAAGGGCACUAUUUUCCUUGAUCAUGUCCCUGACCUGUUGCAAAUUAAA